AUGCAGAGCAGGGUGUGUGUGUGGAGUGUGUGUGUCCUCCUGUCGCUGACACUGGGAUGGACCCAGGCUCAAAGCCAGACGACCAACUUCACCAGGCCUAUCUUCCACUGCGGAGGUCACUUGGUGACUGACUCAGGCUUCGUGGGCAGUGAGGGUUUCCCCAGCCACUACAAACCCAACCGCAAAUGCACUUGGUAUAUCGCUGUCCCCGAAGGCCAUGUCGUCAUGCUCUCCUUCCGUAUGUUUGACCUGGAGGCCGACCCCACCUGUCGCUAUGACUACCUGGAUGUGUACAACGGCCACUCGCACACGGUGCAGAAGCUGGGGAGGUUCUGUGGAACGUUCCGGCCCGGGGCUCUCAUCUCUACCUCCAACACCAUGAUGCUGGAGAUGGUCUCUGAUAGUAGUACAGGAGGACGGGGGUUUGUGGCUCACUAUCAAGGAGGGAAACCACACAUGGAUGAGAACCAGUUUUGUGGGGGGAGGCUGACGAAGGCUCAGGGUUCUGUCAAGACCCCCAACUGGCCCAACUCAGAUUACCCAGCAGGCAUCAGCUGCUCCUGGCACAUCUCUGUGAAGCCCAGCAACGUGAUCAAGGUCAAGUUUGAGAAGUUGGAUAUUGAGGCUGACAGUUACUGUCGCUAUGACUACGUGGCACUCUUCAAUGGAGGCGAGAGGGACGACUCGCGUCGCAUUGGGAAGUACUGUGGUGACAGGGUACCAGGGACCAUAGUGACUAAUGGAAAUGAGCUCCUGGUCCAGUUUGUGUCAGACCUCAGUGUGACAUCUAAUGGCUUCAUGGCCCACUACUCCAGCGUGCCCCGAGGGUCCCGGACACCCUCCGCGGGGGGAGACACCAUCCACGGGCCUCGGGUCGCCUCCACAACCCAGAAACCUAUUUUCAAGCUGGCCAAACCAGCCCGGCCUACCCCUAAAUCCAAGUCAGCCAUCCGGGCAAAGCCCAGCCUAAAACCAGUCACCAGACCUAGUGUAAGAAUACCAGUGAAACCUACACCACGUAAGCCCACAUCCAAGCCUCAAGUCAGACCCACACUUAAACCUAAACCUGCUAAGCCUAUUCCUAAAGCUGGGGCUAGGCCUACACCUAAACAGGCCCUACCGAUGAACCCGCUGUGUAAACAGGCUUGUAAGAGGACAGGAACACUACAAUCCAACUUCUGCCCUAAUGAUUUCGUGAUCAUGGGGAAGGUGACAUCCUUGGUCCCAGGCCCCAGGGGCAGUGUGACCGUGGACGUGUCUCUCAUCAAGGCCUAUAGGAGUGGUCGCCUGGCCAUCACCCGAUCAGGACCAGCCAAGUCCAUCAAACUCACCUCCACCUGCAAGAAGUGCCCUGGCCUACGCAAAGGAGCGAACUACGUGUUGAUGGGCAAGGUGGACACGGAGGGACAUGGCCUUCUCAACCCCUCUAGCUUCGCUCUCUUGUACAAGGCAGUCCACACCAAAGCACUGGCCACUCUCGCACUCCAACCAUGCUGA